GGCUAUUUUACAUGGGUAAAAUUUAACUCUGCACAUUAGGUUCUGCGCUACUGUUGAUCGACGCACGAGCACGGAGAAUGGAAACUGACACAACAGCUGAUAAUUGUAACUUUAUUAAAGUCGGAUCAAUAGUUUCCGGAACUGAGAUAAAUAGUGGGCACAGUCAUGGCAACGAACAUGGUCACACCCACGAAAUCAUGGACGGGCCUGGCAAGUACACGGACCGAGACGUGCCUCUCACGCGGACUGAUUGGAAUGAGAGAGCCUUCACUGUUGGAAUAGGAGGUCCCGUGGGGUCAGGAAAAACAGCCCUAGUUCUGGGCCUUUGUAAACACCUGAGAGAAGCGCACAACAUUUGCGUAGUUACCAACGACAUUUUUACCAGGGAGGAUUGGGAGUUCUUGGUGAGGAAUAAGGCCCUUCCGGAGGACCACAUGCGGGCGGUGGAGACUGGAGGCUGUCCCCAUGCCGCCAUAAGGGAGGAUUAUUCAUUGAAUAUGGAGGAAGUACGCGAGCUCACAAAGAAGUUUUCUCCUAGAUUGGUUAUAGUGGAAUCAGGGGGAGAUAACCUUGCCGCCAACUUUAGCCGAGAGCUUGCGGACUAUAUCAUCUAUGUUAUUGAUGUUGCAGGGGGAGACAAGAUACCGCGAAAGGGAGGCCCGGGAAUCACACAAAGCGAUCUGUUGGUUAUAAACAAGACGGACCUUGCUGAUGCAGUGGGAUCUGACCUAAACGUGAUGGAGAGGGACGCAGCUAUGAUGAGACAGAGCGGUCCGACACUCUUUACCCAGGCCAAACACAAUAUCGGCGUACCGGAGAUUGCCGAACACAUACUUUCGGCAUGCAAGAAUAUGACCAGGUCAUAAAAUCAACUAGACGAGACUCCAGUCUCUUCUUUAUUUGCCAAAUCUGUUCAUUGAUUCGUGUCAUUAGACACCCGUCUUUUAAAAUCCAUGGAUCGUUGAAAAUGGCAUCUAGCAUUUGCAUAAUCAUUUAUUACUUAUAUGUUGGAUCGGUCUAAAUGGAACGUUAUAACCUCUCAAUUGGUUGAUCCAUAGUUGUUUUACUUGUUUUCAUCGUAGAUAUAUGCUUUAUGCUGAAAAUGUUAGAUAUUAUGACCGUAGGUUAUUAAGGAGACUUAAAGUGAUGCCAGUAGAUACGUUGACAUGUUUUAGCUUCAGCAUGUUUGUGGAGAUGGAUAAAAGGGAACGUAUAAAAAACAACAUGUACAUAAAACUGUAUCAGUCCAGUUGUUGAGAGCUGAUAACAGCUUCUAACGAAUAUUAAAAUAUUUACAUUAAAUGUGAA